AUGCAGGAAAUUGACAAGGAAGCAAAAGAGAGGUCAAGAGAGAUGGGGAAGGACAGUUCAAGAAGUGUGCAAAAGAGAGCAGUUAGAAUGAAUGCUGUGACCUGCAAAAGCGAUUGGGCUCAGAUAAACGAGCAGAAAAGUAGGAUGCAGGCAAAGGAAGAUAAUGCGAAAACAAUAAAGUUGAAUGAUAGAAUAGAACUAGGCUUUACCUCAGUUAACCAUGCCCAAAACUAG